UUUUUUUUUAUUUUACAGCACAGCUCUGGGGGUCUGUAAACAUUGAAAACUGAGUGGGGAGCCACAAGGUCUGGGAUCUGCAAAUGUUUUAUAUAUGGAAGGGGCACAGCUCUGGGGUGUCUGGCCUGAAACUAUUUUUUACAUAUUUCUGCGGGGAGCCACAAGGUCUGGGGUCUGAAAACAUUUCAUAUACGGAGGGGGCCACAACUCUGGGGUGUCCUGAUACUAUUAUUAUAUAUAUCUGCGGGGAGCCACAAGGUUUGGGGUCUGCAAUUAUUUCAUAUACGGAGGGGGCAAAGCUCUGGGGUGUCCUGAUACUAUUAUUAUAUAUAUCUGCGGGGAGCCGCAAGGCCACAAGCCACAAAUGGGGUCUGAAAACAUUGCUCAUUUAGCGGGGAGCCACAAGGUCUGAGAUAUGCAAAUAUUUCAUAUACGGAGGGGGCCACAACUGUGGGGUGUCCUGAUACUAUUCUUAUUAUAUUUUCAGCGGGGAGCCACAAGGUCUGGUGUCGGCUGAACCUGUCAGUGUCGGCUAAUCCUGUCAUUGUCUGGGGUCUGCUAUUAUUAUAAGUGUGCUGCAGGGGAAUACAUAUUUGGGUUCCAUGGCUGCUGUUGUUAGAAGAAUGGGGCCGGUAUGGUGGGGGCUGACCCCAGCGCUGGAUCUUCAGAUGCACUGUUUGCCGGAGGCCACUGAGAAUCUGUCAUGUUCUGAUGAUUUGCCAGAGCUGAAUAUCCUUCUGGUUGGGGGUGGUGAUGGCCGUCAUAUUCUGAAAACCAUUUGCCAAGCCAGUCGCUGGCCACACAGAAAGCUAAAAUUCUUCAUUAUUGAGAGUGACCUGGAACUGCUGGCUCGGCACAUGUUGUUUUUAAGUUUGGCUCUAGAACAUCCAGAACAAAUGGGCUUGCAAGAAAAGAGUGAGUUGUUUUUGGAACUUUUUGGAAACAGCCUGAUCCGUAAUAAGACCGCCAGCUAUCUGCAGGAGAAGUCUGAACUUUUUAUCCGAUAUGUCACAGACCCAGAUUAUCAACAGAGCAAUGUGCCAUUGUUAAACCUGUCUUCCAUAAAGUUUAAAGAACGAGACAAACUUGAAGAUAUUUUUAAGUUUUGGAGAAACGCUGACCCCAAGCUGUUCCCUAUAGACAAAUAUUGGGAUGAAAAGAACAGACAAAAUCUGGGCAGGCGCUAUGACUCCAGGAAAGGCGCUUAUGACUGGGAUCUGUCCAUGAAACUACAUGACAGAGGGGCUGGGGUCAUUAACAGCAGAGAAUAUAACUACUGGAGAGAGAAGGGUGUCGCUUUUAUGAAUCGGGAAGGAGUUUAUGACAUUCCCAACAAAACCCUGGCUUCUCAAAUGGUGGUACCUCAGAGCAGUGGCAAGGUGCUGGCACGGGGGUACUGGGGAGAUAUUACUGCCAGCCCUUACAUAGCCUUUGGAAUUGAAACAGAAGAGGAGAGCUUGCUACAAACUGCCAACGGGGUUCAUGUUAAGAGUGCUCAAGAUAUUGCGCAGCACAACAUGAUAUCUUUGUUCCAUGAGUUGGCCUAUGGGAAAAUAUACUCUGUCCCCGCCUCUGGCCAAGCUGAAUCAGAACUGGCCAAGACUGAUAGCGACUAUAAAACAAAUGAAGAACAAACAGUAGUAGAAACAACUGAAAGAGAAGCUGAAGAUGGGGAUACGAACCAAAGCAAGUGUAACCGCUUGAUUACUCUGAACAAUGUGGAGAUUCAUUUCUUGCCGCUCAGUUGGGUUAAUGAGCUUCACUGCAGAUUCAACAAUUUCUUCAACCUUCUUUAUUUCUCGUGCAGCAUGGUGCAUUUUCUGAAGCCAGAAUACAAGUUCAUUGCUGCCAGUAAAGCGACUCUUGUUUUGGAACUCACAAAGUUCAUGGUGGAUCUUCAGACUGAAAAAUUACAGGACUAUGUUACUAUUGUGGCUAAGCUUGCACAGGAAGCUGGAUUCACUCCUACUGAAACCAUUGACUGGAAGACAGAUUACAUAGCCAAAUUUGAGAGAGCACAUGACUCUGUAGAAGUGCAAACUGGCCAAUGAAAAUGGCUUCUUUGUGGACUUUCUCCAAAUUUCUGUUGGUGCUGAGCUUUGAGCAUUUUUACUUCCUUUCAGUCCUUCUUUCAUAUUUAUACAUGUAUUUAUUACCAUAUAAUGCAAGCCAUGUAAAUACUCAUUUAAUAUAAAACAUUUCCUUUGUCCAAACCUUCUAAACCUUAAAAUAGGUAAAUGUUGACUUUA